GCAGGGUUACCGCGCCCAUCUCAGCUGUUUGAUGGCCGGGAGAGGAGAUUGAGGUGCGGGAGUGAAUCGAGGAGUCUGGCCAAGGGGAGCGAGAAAGAUUUGAAAGGUGAGGGAACUACUGACUGGCGGAAGCAAGUUGCUGCGAGACAGAUCGGCACGUUUAAAAACUCCUAUUUGCAGUUUUGGCUGACUUCUCUUCAGCGAUCCCUGCACCAUCUUUGCGCCAGUUGUACCGGUGUGUUUUCCUUGGCGUGUCGAAAAAACUGGGCUCGGGGAGUGCCGCUCCUCGGUAGCUAGCUGGUUAGCUAGCUGAAGUCUGCCGUUUGUUGGUUGAUGCUAAAGCGGAGUGGAGAGCCAGAUCUUCGCUGUGUCCAGUCAAUGCCAUAUAAACAGCGGACACCCCGACUGAAAACAGAAAAGCCAGUGUUUCGGGGGCAGGAGUGAAGCGCACCGUUUUGCAGAGGAAAAUGAGUGAACUUGACCAGCUGCGCCAGGAGGCCGAUCAGCUCAAGAACCAGAUCAGAGAUGCCAGGAAAGCAUGCGCUGAUGCCACCUUAUCUCAGAUCUCGGCGAAUGUCGACCCCGUUGGCCGAAUUCAGAUGCGCACUAGACGAACACUGAGAGGGCAUCUGGCUAAAAUCUAUGCCAUGCACUGGGGCAGUGAUUCGAGGCUCCUAGUUAGCGCCUCCCAGGAUGGCAAACUCAUUAUUUGGGACAGCUACACCACAAAUAAGGUCCAUGCCAUCCCCCUGCGCUCCUCGUGGGUGAUGACCUGCGCCUACGCCCCCUCGGGCAACUACGUGGCCUGCGGAGGCCUGGACAACAUCUGCUCCAUCUACAACCUGAAGACCCGCGAGGGCAACGUCCGCGUGAGCCGCGAGCUGGCGGGACACUCGGGUUACCUGUCCUGCUGUCGUUUCCUGGAUGACACCCGGAUUGUAACCAGCUCUGGCGACACCAGCUGCGCUCUCUGGGACAUUGAGACUGGCCAGCAGUCGACCACUUUCGCCGGGCACAGCGGUGACGUCAUGAGCCUCUCGCUGGCGCCGGACACCACGUUAUUCGUAUCGGGCGCCUGUGACGCCUCCGCCAAGCUCUGGGACGUCAGAGAAGGCAUGUGCCGGCAGACAUUCGCCGGCCACGAGUCCGACAUCAACGCCAUCUGCUUCUUCCCCAACGGCAACGCGUUCGCCACGGGCUCGGACGACGCCACCUGCAGACUCUUCGACCUGCGCGCCGACCAGGAGCUGAUGGUCUACUCCCACGACAACAUCAUCUGCGGCAUCACCUCCGUGGCGUUCUCAAAGAGCGGCCGCCUGCUGCUGGCCGGAUACGACGACUUCAACUGCAAUGUCUGGGACACCCUCAAGGCUGACCGCGCCGGUGUGCUGGCUGGCCAUGACAACCGCGUCAGCUGCUUGGGCGUCACGGGCGACGGCAUGGCGGUGGCAACAGGAUCCUGGGACAGCUUCCUCAAGAUCUGGAACUAAAGCCUUACGAUGGCAUUUGGACUCCAAAGUUGACUGGAAGAUCAUUCCAACAUAAAAAACGUUAAGUUUCAUUGCAUAUCCAAUCCUCUCAAACUCCAUAAACCAUAAAAAACUCAAGACACCCCGAAACUGUGAAGGGAAAAUGACAUCUUUCCUUCUCGUUCAAAAAGAAGAGCACAAUGGUUUAUUGCCCAGCUAAAAAAAAAAAGUUGUGUGUUAUCAAACGAAACGCAAGAUUCUGCAUUCCUCCCGGGACCAUGUUAAUGUUACAAUCUUGAAAGAGAAAGCGAGAAACACUACUAUCCCAUGAAAAUGUAUCAUAAAUCUUAAACAACUGUUGGAGUGCAAUUGUACAAAAAUGAUCUAUCUCCUGUUUUUUGUCUGUUUCGUUUUUCCUUUUUAUGUUCGAAGAAUUAUUUGGUGAACUCUGUUAAAAUGAGGAUCGAAAGCUUUUCUUUUAUCUCAUAGUCUAAAGAUUUUAGGAUCGAGUACGUAGAUGAGUCUAAGAUGAGAAACGUUGUUUUUAAAUCCAGCUUUAUCAUGAGAAACGCAACUCGAGAUGAGACGAAGCAAAAAAAAAAAAAA